AUGUCGCAACUCGGUGCGCAAAAAGCCCAGUUAACUAACGCCGUCAAUACGUUACGCAGGAAGAUCGCGGAAGUCGACCAGGCCAACCUUGAUUUUGCGGACUUUGCUUCGGAGGCGAGUAAAGAUCCACAUUUGAUUUUUGAUCGUUUGAAUUUGCUUUUUACUUCGCUUUCUUCUGUUAGUCGUGCUGCCUCUGCCCUACGUGGCCAGUUGGAGAAAGCCGAAGAGUUUGCUCGCCGGAAUCCCGACGAGCGCGGAGAGUUCCCUUUCCUUUCGGACAUCCAUACUCAUUGGGAAACCGGUGGGAUGGAUGAUAUUUUGGAGGAGGUGGAUGCUCUUCUCGUUCGCUUGGAUUCAGCGAUCAAACAUCUUUCUAAUUUGGGACGCCCUUAUCAGUGUUUUGUACCAUCUGUUGCUCCAUCCUUGUCGCGCAGUUCACUUUCCCAUACUGUCCAGGACCUUAUUUUGCCCCAUCAGCCCGCGCAGGCGGAGGAGGUAGCCGGCCCUCAUUCUCCGUCGCAGGCCCAGGAUCGUCCAGCUGAUCCCAUUGCAGGCGCGCUGACCGGUGUUCCCUCGCGAGCCGUGAUGACGCGCAACCCUCGGGUGGAUUUGGCACUUCCUCGGUCUUCAACCUUUUCACCCCCUAACCCUGUUUCGCCCUUGGAGCAACCCGUAAAACCGCCUUCUUAUGGGAUCCCGAUCUUCAACGGCGACAUCGAAGCAUUCUCCGAAUUUUGGGACAUUUUUUCUACAGCCGUGCAUGACAGCAACACCGUGUCGGCAGCAGUCAAGUUUAUGUACUUGAAGUCGGUCCUCAAAGGAGAUGCUGCUCGGAUCAUCGCAGGCUUGAAGGCAACGGCCGAGAAUUACGACACUGCAGUACGCACCUUAGUCGAUACGUACGAUCGUCCUGAAAUCUUGAAAAGUCGUCUCUGGGACAAGCUGAUACACCAACCACAGGCAUUAGAUUCUGCAGAUUCUCAACGCGCUACACUUCGCGCGCUGCAGGAGACUUGGUACCAGAUGAAGAAAGUGAAUGAGAAUUCUAGUUCGAUCGCUACGUUGAAAACAAUUCGAUCUAAGUUUCCCUGGCGUACGCGCGAGAAAGUCGGCGAACUGAAGGACGAAGGUGACACUUCGUGGACUGUGGACGAGCUGUUGACAACCCUAGGUACGAUUAUUGAUAGAUUACAAGUGGAAGAGGAGUCCGACCUUGCAAGUCACCGUGCGUACAACUCGAAUUCUACGGUUUGCCAGCCUUCUCCUUUCCCGCAUAGAUAUCCUAGCACGAGCCAGCCGUAUGUGAGAGCUCCAGCGUGCAAGUAUUGUGGCAGGUUACAUCAUCCAGCGCUACGUCACCAUCAGCGCCCUAUCCGUCGUACCCGCUUGCGCAAUUCCAUCAGCGCUUUCCUUCACCCAGGCGCGUCCUAUUCGAGGAAAUAG